AUGUCAGUUUUCCUUUCCUUUGCUUUCCUGGCAGCGAUUCUUGCUCAUAUAGGCUGUAAUAACCAGCGUCGGGGUCCAGAAGCCAGUGGGAGAAGAUUUAACCGGAUUCAGCAUGGGCAGUGCACCUAUACUUUCAUUCUGCCAGAACAGGACGGAAACUGUCGUGAAAGUACGACAGACCAGUACAACACAAAUGCUCUUCAGAGAGAUGCUCCUCACGUGGAACAGGAUUUCUCUUCCCAGAAACUGCAACAUCUGGAACAUGUGAUGGAAAAUUACACUCAGUGGCUCCAAAAACUUGAGAACUACAUUGUGGAAAACAUGAAAUCGGAGAUGGUGCAGCUGCAGCAGAAUGCUGUGCAGAACCACACCGCCACCAUGCUCGAGAUAGGGACCAGCCUCCUCAGUCAGACAGCAGAGCAGACGAGAAAACUCACGGAUGUUGAAACCCAGGUGCUAAAUCAAACAUCCAGACUUGAAAUUCAGCUACUGGAAAAUUCACUGUCAACGUACAAGCUAGAAAAACAGCUGCUACAACAGACACACGAAAUCCUGAAAAUUCAUGAGAAAAACAGUUUGCUUGAGCACAGAAUUUUAGAAAUGGAAGAAAGGCAUAAAGAGGAGCUGGACACUUUGAAGGAGGAAAAAGAGAAUCUACAAAGCUUGGUCACACGUCAAAGCAACAUAAUCCAGGAACUAGAGAAGCAGUUAAACAAGGCAACAAGCAAUAACAGUGUCCUGCAGAAACAGCAGCUUGAAUUGACGGAUACAGUUCACACGCUGAUCACCCUCUGUUCCAAGGAAGGAGUUUUACUAAAGAAUGCAAAAAAGGAGGAAGAAAAGCCUUUCAGAGACUGUGCAGAUGUAUACCAAUCUGGUUUUAACAAAAGUGGGGUCUAUACUAUUUAUAUUAACAAUGUGUCGGAUCCUAAAAAGGUCUUUUGCAAUAUGGAAAUUGCUGGAGGAGGAUGGACGGUUAUACAGCACCGAGAAGAUGGGAGUCUGGAUUUUCAAAAAAGCUGGAAAGAAUACAAAAUGGGUUUUGGUAGCCCAUCAGGUGAACUUUGGCUGGGAAAUGAAUUUAUCUUUGCAAUAACAAGUCAGAGGCAAUAUUCUCUAAGAAUUGAAUUAAUGGACUGGGAAGGAAACCGGGCAUAUUCACAGUAUGACAGAUUUCACAUAGGAAAUGAAAAGCAGAAUUACAGGCUUUAUUUAAAAGGUCACAGUGGAACAGCUGGAAAGCAGAGUAGCCUGAUCUUACAUGGUGCUGAAUUCAGUACAAAAGAUGCUGACAAUGACAACUGCAUGUGUAAAUGUGCUCUCAUGUUGACUGGAGGGUGGUGGUUUGAUGCCUGUGGCCCCUCCAAUCUCAAUGGGAUGUUCUACACAGCUGGCCAAAACCAUGGAAAGCUCAACGGCAUCAAGUGGCAUUACUUCAAAGGCCCCAGCUACUCCUUGCGCUCCACUACCAUGAUGAUUCGUCCCUUGGACUUUUAA